CUCGACCCUGAUCGACGUCUCAACAACAGCAACGUCAAAUAGAUUACCCAAUGUCAGGUUUCAAAGAUCUAGCCAAGCAUGGUUGGCAUCCAAAGGGAGCCGGGGCCGGUGGAAAGGAGAGUUGGCGAGGCGACUUCAAAGGAAUUAACCAAGUGGCUGGAUGGAUGGGCAAAGGAAAAUCACCUACCGAGGAAGGUCAACAGCACGUCUCGCAACCACUAUCUUCGCUGAAGGACCCAGCCUUAUUCCCGCCUCCACCGAAACACAUCAAUUAUCAUGGAGCAGCAGCAGCCCCAAACACACUGACACCUGACCGCUCAGGUAUCGGUGCUCCAUUACCGCAAUCCCAAAUACAAGAGCAACGCGAGGCAGAGCAGGCUGCCGCUCAAGCCGCGAUAGAGGAGGAGCAGCGACCGCCAUCACCACCGAAACCAUACCGCGUAGACACCACAGGACUAACCACAAAUCACCUUCCCAAACCACCCGUCCGAAGAAUCAACCCGAAUCAAUCUUCCCCAGUCCCAACACCGCCACGAUCACCAGUCAAGCCUUCUUUACCCCCUAGACUACCACCACGACAAAACUCGCAUCCGGGACCCAGCGCCCCGUCGCCGCCACCAACGUACAAUGACGCAGUCCAAGAACCCGGCCCGGCGCAAGGAUACCUGAACCAAUCCUCACUCAACCGGCUCGGACAAGCAGGUAUAUCUGUGCCGGGACUUGAAAUUGGACACAGGGCAUCACCGCCCUUACCUCAACGCUCAGGCUCGGCGUCUCCAGCCAGGAGCGCAGACCCACCUGCGCCUGCGCCUGCUACUCGAAAUCCACAUCUCAGCGAACUCAACUCGCGUUUUGCAAAGCUAUCAGCCUCACCAUCAACUGGAUCGACUGGCACUACUUCGGCGGCAAGUAGUCAAGGGACCAGUUUCGCCCAAAAACAAUCAGCAUUCAACACCGCCAAUUCAUUCCGCAAAGACCCAUCGUCAGUAUCCAUUGCUGAUGCCAGAAACGCUGCAUCGACCGCCAACAAUUUCCGCGAACGGCACGGCUCGCAAGUCGCUUCGGGCUGGAAAGCAGCCAAUGACUUGAACAACAAGUAUGGUGCCAUGGAUCGACUGAAUAGUUAUGGAUCAGGGACAUCUGCGUCUCCUGCUGCGGCCCACAGCCCCGUCACUACUCCCUCAACAACUGGACCACAAGCCCCCCAGCUCGCCUCCAAAAAGAAGCCACCGCCGCCUCCACCAAAGAAGAAAACCCUUGGAGGUCUACCACAAGAGCAUGAUCAGUCAUUUGCUCCUCCUCCGAUUCCUCAUGCGAGUAAGCCAAGGCCAUAAUUCCUUUCUUUUCGCCUGCCCCCUCACUGUGGGGCUAAAUGAGGCGUCUAUUUGUUCUGUUUGCCCGAUUCUACAUGUUCUAUUCACCUGGUAUCUUGAUCCCUGAAUAAAACAGGGUAGCAAAUGGGGGCAAAGGCGUUUUUAAAGUGUUCUUGGUCUUGCUCCAAUUUCUACUUUGUUUCUUCUGCAAAAUUCCGAAACUUGGGAGGAACGGCCCGUGGCGUUCUAUAUAUAUACUGUAUUACAUGUCUUGAUAUAAGAAGUAUGAGCCAUGUAUAUUUCCCGUUCUGCGCUUCUGUAUUGUUUGCACGGUAUUUUGUGUCCUUUUUUUUUUCUCUCUCUCUUGUGAGGACAAUACUUGAAUGUUCAAAUUCAAACAGUAUCAAUGGCCAGAGUUACACUAGACAGAAAAUAAUUCUGUAUGUCAUUGUGCAUCUUCUACGAC